CAAACGUUGUUAACUUGUUAAAAGUUUAACACAUAAUAACAGUAUUCAAUUCCAAAAGAAAAUAUUCCAACAACAAAGAAUACAUUUGAAGAAACAGUGAAAAUAUGAAGGUUUUCAUUUACUUUACGCUGAUUUUGCAUGGCUUGAUGUUUCAUGCUGUUGAUGUGAAUGCCGAGAAAACACAAUGUGAAGCAAUUGCAGCCAAGGUGGCGAUGGAAAAUCAGAAUACCAUUGUCGACACUACAGCCAAACGAAUUGUUGGUACCUGGCUAUCUCAAGGAUGUGAAAUCCGACCUGGGCCCGAAUACCUCCUCCGUUCGUAUACGUUCAAAUCUGAUGGAAGUUACCGGGCAACGCAGCAUCGUUACUGGGACGACUCCUGCUCUCUGCCUAAGUUUACAAUCGUCAGCACAGGCAUGAUCCGCAUCAAGCGGGAUUCACUGAUGAAUCCGGACGCCGCCACAGGCUAUGUAAAGCCCAUAAACAUCACCAUCACACCGCACGAUUCCAAAAGUAUUACCGAGUUCGAAGAGUUGACAGCAGGAGAAUGCGCGGGACAAGUAUGGAAACCUUGGCGUAGAUAUGAAGAGCAUGUAGUAUUCAAUACUAACGAUCAGGAAUCAGUCAAAACAUUUGGAGCACGGCUUUUCAACAGCGGGAAUUAUUUCCAAGCAAAGAUGGCGCACCAGAAUAUCAUAAAUAGUCCAAAGAGUGUAUCAGACACGUCUUCAAAUAUUAACUGUCUGGGGAGUUUAAAAUGGGCGUUUAGCGAGCUGAAACUAAUCAAAGUGCAACUUAGGCCCGUCAUCAACUCAUUGGAAUCUAUUGAAAAGAACAUGAAACAAGAAAUGCUUCUAGGAGAUGUCCAUUCACAGAUAGAACAGCGUGAACACUACACACCUACGUCUUUUGGUAAACCUUUGCUUAAAUUUAUCGUUAACAAAGAGGACGAAGUUGUGAAAAUGGCUGGCCAGACAUAUCAUGUCCGUAAUACUUGCACAAUUUGUUCGAAUUUAUACUCGGCUAGUGAUAAAUCUCCACCGCACUUGUUGGUCAAACCACAUUUACCUCCUUACAUCUGGGGCGAGUGGACAUCGGUUAGAUGCGAAAUGCGUCCGAUGGGAUUAUACCUUACGCGAAAGUUCUCCUUCUACAGUGACGAUUCAGUCUGGGUUGGAGAGCACAAAUUCUACGAAGAUCCAUUUUGUACUGUUCCGAAAUUUGUCAUCACAGCAGCGGGACACUUCUCGUUGACGAGUGGUAGCACUAUUGUAUCAGGAGCUACCAACAUUGAUUUUAAGAUCGAACGUGCUAGCCUGACUCUAUAUAGUAAAAGAAUGGUGCAUGAGAUGAGAAUGUUCAAUAGUUGUGGUAAAAGCAAUUGGGAGAGUGGCGUACCUCAAGAAUUAAGUUCCACCAAUGGUUGUCUUCAAAUGGGAAUAAUAAUUCCAUCUGUACAGCACGAGAUUGUUAAGGUGGAGAUGAACUAUGAAGGAUCAUGCCUGUUGUACUUAGGGCAGGCUGAUACUGAUAACAUGCCACGCAUGAGCAAUGAAAGACCCACUGCAUUUCAAGAACCACUGGUGAAAUGUGGUGAUGUAGCAGCUUUUUCAGAUGUAAGCCAUCAUGAUAUUUUAGAUGAAAGGAGAUAUUAUGCUGAUCAGUAUGACAACAAAUCGAAUCGGAUAUGUUUAGAUCCGGUGAAAUUAUUAGUCGUGAUUAUUUUGAUAAUUAUGUUGACAAAUUAG